CAGCUGGAAAGUGUCUAAGAAACGAUGUGUUCAGUUAUGGCAAGUGAAAUUGCAGCACAUCGAAUUGAAGUACCUGCUCUUAGAAGUCCUUCUGAACCUAGCGAUAGUCGCGUAUUUGUUCUUGGCUAAUUAUAUGGGCCAAACGAUUAUGAACAGCAGCGAGAAACUCCUAAACGCCGCAUACAGUUCUGAAUGGUAUGAUGCUCCAGUGGUCUCGCAGAAAGCCUUGUUGUUCAUCAUGCAACACAGUUUACAAACUCAGAGUUUCACCAUCGGCGGCCUCUUCGUACCUUAUUACGAAGGAUUUUCAUCGGUAAAAUAUUUCCUGUCUAGAUUUUACU